AUGGAAGAUGAUGAUACUCCUCCACGUUUCUUCAAAGUUUUCAAUUCCCAUUCUAGCUCAGGUUCUAUGCUGAUUCCCAUUGUCUACUACGAUGAACUUCCCCGUCUUUUGCCCAAAACCGCGAUUCUCCGAGGUUCUGGUGGAUGCAUUUGGAAGGUAGCUAUAGAGAUAAAGAAGAAGCAAGAAGAGGUGUAUUUUGGAAAAGGAUGGACUAAAUUCUCUUACCGAUGGAGACUUCUUAACAUGUGUGUAUAA